UCAGUCCCCAAGUCUACAAAACCUUAGAGCCAGAAGAACAUGGUACCUGAUUAUGCGCGAGCAGCUAUGCAGGCAGCUCGCAACCGCGCAUCCGCAUCCCCCACCAGCCAUGGAGGUUUCUCUGGCUUCAACAGCGAGUUUCAGUCGGAUCCUGGGUUCUCUUGGACUUCCACCUAUACACCUCGUUCCCGUGUGGUCAACAAGAAGGUAAGAAGCUCAAGAUCAAUCUGGGGAAAAGCUGCAGCAAUUGCAGGGUCAUGCGCAAACUGCUUCGCUCCUCCUCGGUCUGAAAUCAACGAAGCGCAUGAGAACCCACCAAUCAAUGGCCAGGAUGUGUCUAUCAGUCCCAUCUCCAGAAUAUCAUCAACAAGUAGCACAAGCAAUAAUAUAUCCAGACAGAGAGGCGAUAGCAGCCAAACAAAGGCAUGGCAAGAACAAUUGUCAUUUCAGGAAAUUUGCAUCGCUACUUCAAACUUUCGUGAGCAAAACAAAAUUGGAUUAGGUAAUUUUGGCACUGUGUAUAAGGCAAAGCUCAGGGAUGGAUCCAUCAUAGCUGUAAAGCGGGCUACUAAGAACAUUCAAGACGGGCACCUAUCUGCAGAGUUUAGGAGUGAAAUCCAGAUGUUAUCAAAGGUCGAGCAUUUGAACUUGGUGAAGUUUCUUGGGUACGUGGAAUACGACGAUGAACACCUAAUUCUGGUUGAGUAUGUAAAUAAUGGAACACUCCGUCAACACUUGGAUGGAUCACAAGGGGAACCAUUGGAAUUUGCACAGCGUCUCAACAUUGCUAUUGACACAGUUCAUGCCGUUGCCUACUUACAUGGUUAUACAGAUCAUCCAAUCAUCCACCGUGACAUCAAGUCAUCCAACAUUCUCCUAACAGAGCAUCUGCGAGCAAAGGUUGCCGAUUUUGGCUUCGCACGCCUAGCCCCCGAAAACCCAGAAGCGACCCACGUCUCAACGCUAGUGAAGGGGACAGCCGGAUAUGUGGAUCCUGAGUACCUGCGCACGAACCAGCUCACCGACCGCAGCGACGUCUACUCCUUCGGCGUCCUCCUUGUCGAGCUCAUCACGGGCCGACGUCCUAUCGAGCGCGGCCGCGGCCGCAGGCGCCACCAACGCCUCACAACCGAAUGGGCGCUGCGCAAGUGCAGGGAGGGCGACGCGGUGGUGGUGAUGGACCCCCGGAUGCGGCGGACCAGCGCGGUGGUGGCGGCGGUGGAGAAGGUGAUGGCGCUGGCGGCGGAAUGCACGGCUCCGGAGCUCGCGGCGCGGCCGGCGAUGCGGCGGUGCGCCGAGGUGCUCUGGUCCGUGAGACGCGACUUGCAGCAGAAGCAGCAGCGGGCGGCGGCCGCGGCCGCGGCCGCGAGCGCAGGAGCGAGGCGGCGCGAUGGCUCGACGUACGCACCGCCGUCGGCUACGAGUUUGAGGCAGGAGAGGUUCGAGAACUCGAGAUGAUCUGUGGGCUGCGUGCGGCACGAUGGUAAUUUGAAAUUAGUGCCAACUGUAAAUUCUGGUCGACUUGCCGAAACAGAGUACCGUGUCACUGUUUUACUGUUUGAAUUCUCCUAAAUGGCAAUUGGUUAUGCUUUCGCAAAUGUAUAAUUUAGUUCGUCUUAGUACGAGUAUAUAAUUUUGAAACAGUUCGGCCACUCUUAAUGGUUGUUUCCAAGAGUGAAACAUAUGUAAAAGAGCAAUUUAAUUGAUGAUUGGAAUUUUGGAAUA